CUCCUCAGUGUGUGAGAGACAGAGGACGUGAGAGCAAGCGAGAUGGAGUACUGGCACAGAUGAAGACUGUCCCUGGUCCUGUUCGACAGUCCACAUGAGCGUCUCCAAACCCCCGCCGCCCCCCUCCACCUCCCACCUGGCUAUCCCCCCAUCCUCCACCUCCACCCCUUCCUCGUCCGCCUCCUCCCCCUCGGCGACGCCCCACUCUGCCGGCCCACCCCCUCCCUCGCCGGUCAAGAUCUCUAUGCAGGAGCACUUUGCCAUCAAUGUGUGCCCAGGCCCCAUCCUCCCCAUCCCACAGAUCUCAGACUUCUUCCCACGUUUCCACGACUACCCCUGCACGCCACCGCCCCCGAGGGAGAAGAAGAUCCUUAAAGAGGAGACUUUCAACGGGGAGACGGGCGGAGGAUACAAGGAUGGGGAGAGGAGGGGGGACAAUGACGGAGACAGGGAGGAGGCUGUGGACUCGGAUGAUGAUGACACCUACCUGGGAACGCUGGAGUUCACCCUGCUCUUUGAUCAAGAGAACAACUGUCUUCAUUGUACUAUUCACAAAGCAAAGGGACUGAAAGCCAUGGACUCCAAUGGACUGGCUGAUCCAUACGUCAAGCUCCAUCUUCUCCCCGGGGCUAGCAAGGCAAACAAGCUACGCACAAAAACCCUGAAGAACACGCUAAACCCAGUGUGGAAUGAAACGCUGGUGUAUCACGGCAUCACGGCCGCAGACAUGACCACCAAAACGCUCAGGCUGUGCGUGUGUGACAUGGACAGACUCGGACGAAAUGAAUUCAUCGGCGAGGUGAGAGUGGCUCUGAAGAAGCUGAAAGAGGGCGAGAACAAGCGCUACAAUAUGGGCCUGGAGAGAAUUGCACAGAAUAAAGAAGCUAACAAUCAAACGGUGGAGCAGGGAGCAGUCGUGGCAGAGGAGGAGCGCGGCCGCAUCCUGGUGUCACUGUGCUAUAACACAGAGAAGGGCUGCCUGCUGGUUGGGAUCAUACGCUGUGCCCAUCUGGCUGCCAUGGACUCCAACGGUUACUCUGACCCCUUCGUCAAAAUCAUAUUGCAGCCAGAUAUGGGGAAAAAGUCCAAGUAUAAGACUUCAGUGAAGAAAAAGACUCUCAACCCCGAGUUCAAUGAGGAGUUUUCAUACGAAGUAACCCUGGACCAGCUGGCGAAGAAAACCCUGGAGAUCUCUGUGUGGGACUACGACUUGGGAAUGAGCAACGACUUCAUAGGCGGGGUGGAGCUGGGCAUCAAUGCGAGCGGACAGAGACUCAGACACUGGUUCGACUGUCUCAAAAACAAAGGGAAGAAAGUGGAGUAUUGGCAUACGCUCACACAGCAAGGAGCCCCGAGCAGUGACAAACCGGACUAGAUUACACCAGACAUUCAUGCACACACACACACACACACACACACACACACACACACACACAUACACACACACUGGAAAAUGGUUGAUAGCAGAGACCAAGUAAAGCAGUGAUAAGAGCAAAGGAUAAAACAUGCAAUAAUAAUAAUAAUAUUAAAAAAAAGAUCAUAUAACGCCAACAAUUACUGCACCAAGUAUUAGUAUAUGAUAUUCAUACUAAUAUUAGUGGUGGUAAUAGGGUGUAAUCUGAAUACUUUUUUUUUGGAAAGGUGAACCAAAUUGUGACGAUGUCCUCAUUAAAGUGUUGACGUAACAAAACAAUACUCACAAAAAUUGUGCUCUAGACCUUAAUGUAUUGUGGAAGUCGCUCAUAUUCUGUCAUUCAAAUUUACACCUGAUGAAGAGAUUUGAGAUUAAUGUACUCAAAAUCCAUUCAGUAAAAGGCGCCAAAAGUAUGUGCACGCUAGUGACUCAUAAUGUGGUAUGUAGUUAGAGGAGCGGGAAUGUGACGAGAGGGUGAUUCUUUACUGAGGAGUUUCUGUUUUAGUGGUUGUUGAUCUGAUGCAAAACAACACACCGUAUUAUAAAGCACAAAAACAAUCCAUUUGGUGGAUUUGUACCUUUACCGUUUCAGUGUUCUUGUUCUUCUGUCUUUCAUUGUCUUUAAGUCACAGUAGCUUUCUAUACACCUUCAUUCAGGAAAUUAACAUCUGUGUGUGUGUGUGUGUGUGUGUGUGU